ACAGAUGAAGGAGUUCAUGGAAAAAUACGACAAGAAUGCCGACGGGAGGAUUGAGAUCGCCGAGCUUGCACAGAUACUCCCAACAGAAGAGAACUUCUUACUCUGCUUCCGGCAGUGUGUACGUUCAAGCGGAGAGUUCAUGGAGACCUGGAGGAAAUACGACGCAGACUGUAGCGGGUAUAUCGAAGCAAAUGAACUGAAGAGCUUCCUGAUGGACCUGUUGAAGAAAGCAAACAGACACUAUGACGACAAGAAGCUGCAGGAGUACACACAGACGAUACUGAAAAUAUUCGAUGCGAACGGCGACGGGAAGCUGGGUCUUUCGGAGAUGGCACGCUUAUUACCUGUUCAGGAAAAUUUUCUGCUGAGGUUCCAGGAUGGCAGAGGAUCAAAGGGCAUGAAGCUGAAUGCGGAGGAAUUCAAUGCAAUAUUCACGUUUUAUGACAGGGAUGGAAAUGGUUAUAUCGACAGUCACGAACUGGAUGCAUUACUGAAAGAUUUGUAUGAGAAAAAUAAAAAGGAGAUGGAUAUUAAGAAACUGACUGCGUACAAGAAAAACAUCUUGUCUCUGUCGCAUGGCGGCAAACUAUAUCGGCGGGAGCUGGAGAUGAUACUGUGCACGGAGCCGUUGUAGGGGGUGGGUGGGGCUCGCCAGCAAAGAAUGCACCCCCUCUGUCAUUCACGUCACCACCCACCCCACAGAACACCUCCCCAACGCAUGUGCAGUGCGUUCCGAAAACCACAAUCGUGCUUACAUUGCAGAUUUCAAAAUGCCAGAAGGGACAGGUGUCAGGUGUGACUUCGCACACAGCAAUUAUCAUUCUUUUCUAUGUCUUUCCUUAUCCCCGGCAUUUUAAAGCAACAAAUGAUAUAGCUACCUACAUAUAUAUACUGUAAUAUAUAUAGAAAAGCACAUUGUGUUUUGGUAAAUGCUGUUGUUUGCCAAAAGUAUGCCUGAGAUUUAAAGCAGAAAGUCAGUUAGGCAAGAGGCAAUUAGUUUUGUUACGUUACUCUGCUGUAUUCGUUGUCCUGACUCUGGAGUCUAGGUAGACUGAACGGUGAGCAGGAUGCGUGUGGAAACCCGGGGGCGUUGGUAGACCGACCUUCCCACAUUUUGCCUCAGUUCCUGUGAGGAAGAACCUGGUUCUCUUGCAGCUCUGGCCCUUCACCACUGCCUUUCCCACCCGCCAGCCUCUCUCCAAAGGAAACGGUUGCGAUGAAAUCCAGCCUCAGUUAUUGAGGUCAUCCGAGCAAAGUGUUCGGUGAGGUGAAGUUAAAAAGUAAAAUUCAGAAAGUUAGGAGGAAACAGAGAUGUUGCGCAGAACCCCUUCACCCAAAGGGUAGUUCAGGUAGGAACCAUUUAACAAGGAAGGACAUUGAAGAAAUGAUUAGAACUUUUCUUGCACAGGAACCAAAAGCAAAAUACUGCAGAUGCUAGAAAUCUGGGAUAAAACAAAAGGAAAUGGUGGAAAAUUCAGCGAGUCAGGCAGCGUCUGUGAGGAUGGUGCCAGGGCCGACAAUGACCUUUUGUCGGGACUCACAAGAUGGUCUCUGACCUGAAAUGUCAGCAGUUUGUGUCUCCACAGGCGCUGCCGGACCUGCUGAAUGUUUCCAGCGUUCUCUGGAUUGAGAAGGUGGGCAGGUGAGAUCGUCGGAGAGGGCCCAGCCCGUCCGACGCGUGAGCUGGCCUUGACGACGCUGGGGUGGGGGUGACUGAGCCGCCAGCCCACUUCUCAUCUGCUGGAUGUCUCGGUGUGUUAUCCCUGGCACAUGGCCUUCAAUAUUUAAACAUGGGACUGGCAGACAUUUUUGGUAUGGACCCUAAGGCAGCUGCUAAUGUCAGGGGUCAGUAAUGUAAAUAUAACAUUACAGUGAUGCAAAUGUAAAUAAUAUUGAUCGGUGAUGUAAAUGCAGUAUUACAGUCUGUGAGGUAAAUUCAACAGUACAUUCCAACAUGGGUUAAUGAUGCUGCAAGAAAUGUUAGACCCUCAAAGAAGCCAGUGAUGCAGAUGCAAACAUUACAGUCUGUGAGGUAGAGGUAACCGUCUCAAGGUUCUGUGAUGGAAGUUCAAAAAUCACCAUUUGCCAGGGAUUAGUUAAUUAUUAAUUGGGAAUUGAUUUAUUACUUUCACAUGUACCGAUACAGCGAAGAGCGUUGUUUACGUGCCAUCCAGACAGAUCAUUCUAAACAUAAGUACAUUGAGGUAACGCAAAGGGAAAACAAUAACAGAAUGUGGAAUGUAGUGCUACAGUUACAGAGAAAGUGCAGUGCAGGCAGACAAUAAGGUGCAAGGACCAUUCCCAGAUAGACUGAGAGAUCAAGAGUUCAUCUUUGUCGUACAAGAGAUCCUUUCAGGAGUCUUAUAACAGUGGGAUAGAAGGUGUCCUUGAGCCUGGUGGUGCGUGCUUUCAAGCUUUCAUAUCUUCUACCCGAUAGAAGUUGGGAGAAGAGAGAAUGUCUGGGGUGGGAGGGGGCCCUUGAUUAUGUUGGCUGCUUUCCCGAGGCAGCGGGAGGUGUAGACAGAGUCAGUGGAAGGGAGGCUGGUUUGUGUGACAGACUGGGCUGUGUUCACAACCCUCUGCCGUUUCUAGAGGUCUUGAGCAGGCUGUCGGUGAUGUAAAUAUAAUCAUUAAAGCUUGUCAGGGAUCCAUGGAUUAAAUAUCGUUACUGUCUGUCCAUUAUGUAAAUAUAAACUUUACAGUCUCUUUGCAUCCAAUUAGUUCCUAACUGACAUGGAAGUUCUUGGUUCCAUUAAUCUAUCCAGCAACUGAUUCCAAGUAUUGAUUGCUCAUUGCACGGUGACAAGUUGUUGCUAUUAGUCCUAAAUUUACUUCUCACUAAUUUGAAUUCCUAUCCUCUAGAUUUAGUCUCAAUGUUUAAAGCUCCAACAAUAUAUUUCAAUACAUUUCUGUCCCCAGGGGUAGGCAUUAGGAGUAUUCAACAGACGUUAAUGAUUUGGACUGGGACGAACUGGGCACAGCUUCUAAAUCUGCAGGCGAUCCAACAUUUGGAGGUGAGAACAGUGACAGGCAUCCAGGAGAUAGAGGCAGGCUGGAGGAAUGGGCAGGUGGUUGGAAGAACGAGGGGAGGCAAUACAGACCAGGGGGCACAGUUCCAUAAGAGGUGCAGGGCCAGAGAGAUCUUGGGGGGGGGGGGGGGUAUCUCUGCAAAAUUCAUUGAAAGUGGCAGGGCAGAUUGAGAAAAUUAAGAAAAGCUUGUAGGUUCCUGGACUUUAUAAAUAGAGGCGAAGGGGUCAUUGGUGGACCUUUAUGAAACACAGGCUCAGCCAAAGCUGUGCCCAUUUCUGGCCGCUGUACAGUAGGAGAUGUGUGAAGGCUUUGGAGAGGGUGUGGAAGGGAUUGACUGAAGUGAUUCCAGGGAUGAGGGACUGUAGUUCUGCGGAGGGGCUGGGGUUCUCUCGGGAACGGAGGAGGUUGUGAGGGGAUCUGACGGAGGGAUGGCGUUCCACAAUGGAUACAAGUAGAGGGAAACGGUUCCUAUUGGCAGAGGGGUCAUCAAGGGACAGAGAAUGAGGGUGAUUGGUGACGUGAGGAAAAACUACUUUAAGCUGUUGGGUCAGGAAUUCACGGCCAGGGGAGCAGUAGGAAGGUUCAGUUGUCAUAUUCAAGAGGUGCAAGUGUGUGAAAGGGAAGACUCUGCAAGGCUCUGGGGCGAAGGUGAAGCAGAGGACCAGGUGGAUUGCUCCAACGUGGACAUUGGGCCGAAUGGCCUCCUUCCAUGAUAUCGUGUGCUUCUGUGGUCUAUAGCUCAAAAUGAACACCUCCCCGAAUCCUCCUUUCCAGGCUGAACACCCCAGUCAUCUCCAUUCUUGUAGAUUGGAAUCUAUCUUACUGCACAUCAUUCUUGAGCUUCUGGGCACUCCCUCCAGAACUUGAGCUGAGCACUCCCUCGAGGUUGGGUUGCAGACGUGGCAUGGUAUCGCUUGAUCACAACUUCUCGGACUUGUACUGUUUCCGACGGAGCCGCUGAUCACGGCUUUCUGAUGUGGGAGCAGGGACGGGAAGUGGGCAUUCUGUGUGCAGGCAGCUGAUGGAGUAUUGGCAUCUGCAGUCAGUACUGGUCGCAUCAUGAAGCAUUCCCGGUCCCGUGUCACCACUACUGAAUGACUCUGUGUGCUGAGCCAGCAGAUUACAACUGGGAUAGUGCUCUGAUAAUCUGGUAUCCAGUUGUUCAGAAAUCCCCGGGGUCUAGCAUUCUGGCCCACUCAGUCCUUGCUCUUCACAGACCUAUUCGGGAGGUUGGCCAUAUAUGUGUAGCCGGAGCCAGGGUUGGA